CACAUGUAACACUUCAUGGUAUAUCUAAGGAAAAUUUAGUACAAUUUGUGCGUCUGAACCACCCGGAGAUAACCAAACAAACAGGGAAUAACAGAAAUACUGAAGAAUUAGAAAAGGUGAUAAAUUUAAGACUUCAUGAACACUUAAGAUUACCAAUGAAUUGAUUCUCAUGAUAUACAUCUGGGACCACGACCCUGACCAGCUAAACUUAACAUCUGUCACUCACACCAAGCUAUAUUAUAAUAUUCAUGAACUGUGUAAACACAAGUUAAUACACAGACUGACCAACCAUCAAGAUACAGAGACUAGGAUGACAAGGAUUUAACUGACAAUGUAAAUAUAAUGUUGAUGAAUAUAUACAAGACAGCAUUGGAAACUCUUUCACGUGAUCAGUUAGACCUUGAAGUAAACACUUCAGAAAAUCUUAAAAGAAAAUGUAAACAAUUGUGUUUACCUUAUAAAGAAGUGUUGUCAGCGUUCCUUUGUUUAAGACCAACAUGGACGAUGCUGGGGAUCAAGGAGCGGUACUCAGCUCCUCACAAGGGAAUACAAGACUACUUCGCUGCUCUCUAUAUUGUCAACAAUCUCAUUAACCCACAGUAUUCUACACCUACAUCAGCCUCAGGUACAUCAGCCACGUUUCUCAGUAUUUGGAGAGAGUGGAAACAGUACAUCAAAGCAGCAAUAUCACCUUCACCUGUCAGUAUCAGGGGAGUGUUAGAAGAAAGCAUCAGGUCAGGUGUGGUAGACAUGAACAAGUACCAGAAUGUUCUGAUACAUGUGGCUGGACUGCUGUACCUGGUACUAGACCAGGUACCUGAGACACUUGCACGGGAAGUGGUUCAUCUCCUACAAGAGUCUGGUAUGAGAACCCACAAACAGUGGCUCAACCUCCUUGACAUCACUAACAUAUGUCCAGUAAUUGUCAAAGAAGUAUCUCAGUUUUUCAAUACUAAAGAAAUCAUUUACAUAAGUAGUAUACAUAGUGAAAAGAUAUUCUGCUCUCCUGCCACACCUCAGCUCCUGCGAGGUGGAGAUUACUAUCUCGUGUGACCCAAGUGACCUGCCUGAGCUGCCUGACCUGCUGGCUGCCCUCACCCACCACCACUGUACAAAACUGGCACUGCGGCACCACUACUAUCAUGCUGACACAACUACCUUUUCUGACAACCUACUACAACUUGUACAAUCUCGGAGUCACCUGGAGGAGUUCACUGGUUCUCUUACUUGUGAAGGCUUCAGGCUUCUACAAGAGUGUCACCAGCUGUGGUGGCUCUUCCUUGCUGUGAUGACUGACCACCAUGCUGCCUCUCUCCUGCCUCAACUACACCACACUG